AUGAUCCGUUCAUCAGUUUGGCGGUUCUCGCAGAAGGCGUCGUCUGCUGCUGCCUCGGCUGCGACUGGCGCAUCGGCGAAGGGAGCGCAGCGGAAGCGCGCAGCAGUCCUGAUUACUGCAGCUGCCGUCGGCGCUGGUUCCGUCUUUGCGUUGACUCGCAGGCCCAAUGAUUGGGAUGAGUAUGCCCUGCCGCAUGAUGUGAGUCCGCAGCAAUUCUGGUCGCCACCGACCCGCUCACAGAUGAUCGAGGCCCUGAAGCAGUCAUCAUCGCGCAUCCUGCGUGCUGACGGCAGUCUCGAGCAGGCAAAGUCGCUUCUGAUGCCAUCGCAUGAGGCCGUGGGCCACAGCCCCAUUCCAGAAGUCGAGCAUGCAUAUGCCGACGUGCCAGAGCACGACGAUGAUGGCUUCGACUUGCUUAUCGUCGGUGGCGGUGCCACAGGUGCCGGUGUUGUGCUUGAUGCUGCGACGCGUGGCCUCAAGGUCGCUCUUGUCGAGCGCGACGACUAUGGUGCUGGCACAUCGUCCAAGUCGACAAAACUGGUGCAUGGCGGUGUGCGCUACCUAGAGAAGGCCGUCAAGCAGCUCGACUUUGAGCAGUACAAGAUGGUCAAGGAGGCGCUCAAUGAACGUCGCAACUUCCUACACAUUGCGCCGUACCUGUGCUCAUCACUGCCGAUCCUGAUUCCCGCCUACUCAUGGUGGCUCAUUCCCUACUACUAUGCAGGCACGUUCUUGUACGACCUGAUAGCCGGCAGCCAAAACAUGGGCAGGUCGUACAUGGUGGGCCGCAACAAGGCACUCGAGGCGUUCCCUAUGCUCCGUGCCCACAACCUCGCUGGUGGCGUUGUGUACUUUGACGGGCAGCAAGAUGACACGCGUAUGAACAUUGCCCUUGUGCUUACAGCAAUCCAGCAUGGUGCCGUCGCAGCCAAUCACACGGAAGUCGUCGCCCUCAACAAGACGCCGGCUGGUGGAGACGACAAGCCAGGACGCAUCAUUGGCGCUCGGCUGCGCGACAUGCUGACAGGCGAAGAAUUCGAUGUGAAGGCGAAGGGUGUUGUCAAUGCCACUGGCCCGUUCUGUGACGCACUACGCAAGAUGGACGAUCCCACCUCCGCUGACAUUGUGUCGCCGUCAUCCGGUGUCCACGUUACUUUCCCAGGCUACUUCAGCCCGCGAGGCAUGGGUUUGUUGGACCCGGCCACGAGUGAUGGCCGCGUGAUCUUCUUCCUCCCAUGGCAAGGCGCUACAAUUGCUGGCACCACAGACGUUGCUGCGAAGGUGGAGCCACACCCUCUGCCAGGAGAGAAAGAAAUUGACUGGAUCCUCGACGAGGUGCGCAAUUACCUGAACGCAGACGUGUCGGUCAAGCGCACCGAUGUGCUGAGUGCUUGGAGUGGUCUGCGCCCAUUGGUCAAAGACCCCGCGGCGCGUGACACGCAGAGCCUUGUGCGCAACCACAUGAUCAACGUCAGCAAGAGCGGCCUGCUGACAAUCUCCGGCGGCAAAUGGACGACCUACCGUGAGAUGGCCGAGCAAACCGUCGACAAGGCCAUUGAGGCAUUCGACCUUAAGCCUCUGCAUAACUGUUUGACAAAGCAGGUACGUCUUAUUGGCAGCCACUCUUGGUCUCGUACGAUGUACGUGCGCUUGCUCCAGGAGUUCGGCCUCGACACAGACGUAGCUCUGCACCUAUCGAAUUCGUACGGAGACCGCGCAUGGAGUGUAUGUUCAGUUGCGAAGCCCACAGGCGACCGGUAUCCACUGCAUGGCAUUCGUCUCGACCCACAGCUCCCCUAUAUCGAAGCUGAGGUCCGCUACGCCACGCGUGCCGAGUUUGCCGUCAAGGUAGCUGACUUUAUUGCACGACGCUCGCGUAUGGCCUUCCUCAACACGGAAGCGACGAUCGAAGCUCUCCCACGCAUCGUCGAUAUUAUGGGCGAGGAACUCGACUGGUCUGAGACGCGCAAACAAACCGAGUUCCGUGAGGGAAUCCUGUUCCUUGCGUCCAUGGGUCUGGACCUACUUCGCGUGAAUGAUCUCGCCAAUGUCAGCCUUAUUGAGGCGCGCAGAUGGAAGGACACUUCUUCGCCGCGCCAGCUAAGCCCAGCCUUGUCGGCAAGUCCUAUGCAAAGCGCCGCAUAA